CUUCAUAUCGACUAUGGCCAAAACUGCGAGUGCUAAAACAGAGCGUGCUACGAGAACCAUCACGAAACCGAAGACGUUGAGCUCUUCACUUGGUGCUCCGUCGCAGCAUACGCAAGGAAGUCGCAAAGGAAAACGUGCUUGGAGGAAAAAUGUCGAUCUACAAGAUGUGGAAGAGGCACUAGAGGGUUUACGCGCCGAGGAGAGGAUAACAGGGUCCACUUUACAGUCGAAGACCAAUCAGGAGCUUUUCCAAGUAGACGUGAAGGGAGACGACGCAGUGCGCAAGGCCCUGCCACGGUUCUCAACAAAGGCUCUUAUGUCGGCCCAACUCCUUGCUCAACGAUCCGCCGUCCCGGCAGUCACCUCGCGCACUUUUACUACGCCGUCAGACAGCAAGAAGAGGAAGCUUAGCCAUGAAGAGAAGGCGAGGUUACUUAGGACAGCGAAGAAGUUACGGAAGGGUCCCCUGAACAGCUAUGUCGACCCUACCGAGCUUGGGGCGGGAAGCGCGACGAUAGAUGUCAGCGAGGCAGUGAAGAACAGCGGAGGGUACAACGUCUGGGAGACGAAGGAGGAGUCGAACGAUGUUGAGGAGGAAAUCCCUCGUCCAUCCUCGAAUGCCAAACCGAAGGCGCCUCCCCCGACCGUGCACACUCAUCCGAGACGUGUUAUAGAGCUGCCAGCCAUUGCGGAGCCUCACCAAGGGGUGUCAUACAACCCUGCACUUACCGCGCACCAAGAGCUGCUCCGAAAAGCGCACGAAAUCGAGGAGCGUCGGCAGCAAGAGGCGCAGAAGAACGAAGAGUGGAACGCGCGGCUACAAAAGAUCCGGAACCUUAAUGCGGAGGUGCAGGAAGGUGUUCCGGCUGGUAUGACGGUGGAAGACGUGGAGGCGAACGACGAUCAGAGCGAGGAGGACACUACAGAGGUUCCGGCGCCGAAGAAAGUGCCCGCAAGGAAGACUAAGAAAGACCGGGCGAGGGCUGCCAAGUUGCGCGAAGAGAAACGUGCUCUCGCAGAGAAGACAGCGAAGAAGCGGCUCCUUGCGUCGAUCACUAUGGCGCGGUCCUUAAGAGCAUCCGUUGACAGCACACGCUCUGCGAGCCAGCAAGCACGCGAGCAGAGAGAGAAGGCGAGGCAAGAGAGGUUAAGGCGUGGACUCGCGGGACACAAAGUCGGCAAGCACGUCGUGAGAGAAGGCGAGGUGGAAGUGCAGCUCGGGGAAGAACUCAGCGAGAGCUUCAGGGCGCUCAAGCCGGAGGGAAAUCUCUUCCGCGACCGCUUCCUCAGCCUCCAGCAUCGCGGGCUAGUAGAGCCCACCGCGCAACAAAACGGAAAGAAACGUGUGGCGAAGACCAAGGAGUACGAGAAGCAUCCAUAUAAACGAUUCGACCGGGAAAAUUAGAUUCACCAUUUCCUCCGAUUUUUUACCUGCCCCAUAUGUGUAACCGGCUUUCGCGGACAUGCCGCUUGCAUCAAUCGAAAUAUUUUGAUAAGGG